ACGGAUAAUCCGUCUAAGACGGGUUAUCCGUCCAGCACGGAUAAUCUGUCUUAGUGUGAAAACGGAACGGUGUUCAUUUUAGACGGAUAAUCCGUCUACUUUUAUCCGUCCGAUUAUCCGUCUAUAUAGACGGAUUUGAGGACGGAAUAUCCGUCAAAGACGGAUGAUUCGUCUUGAAUUCACAUCAGGACAGAUAAAGUCAUCUUAUUUUGCCCUGAAAAGCCUGGAACUAGAAAGAGUGCACUGAGUUCUGGGAAGGAAAACAUGGCGUCUAAAGUUGCGAAAAGGAAAACAAGAAAGAAACCUAGAAAGAACACGUGGAAGGACAAUGAAGUCUUCCUUUUCGCUACCGUUUUGUCUUCUUUGGAAGGCAGAGACAAACCCUGGGCUCUUAUUCUGGAAACUUUAGCUCUGAAGAAGACUGCCAACGAAAGUAUUUUUAGGGAGAUACUAGAGGAGUUUGAUGAUUUAUUGGCGAAAGAAGGUAAAGACGAGAACUACCGGUUUAAUGUGGCACAACUUAGAGUAAAGUACAAGUGGUUCAAAAAAGAAUGGAGGAGGAUAAACGCGCAGAUCAAAACAGGAAGAGGCCUGGAAGAAAAGGAUACCGAGGCACCAAGUUGGUAUGAUCUUCUUGAUCCACUUUUUAGCGAAAGUGUCGAUGAUAUGCUAUUUGUCAGCAGUAAAGCAAGCGACUUACAUGGUUCAGAUCAAGAUUCAAGUGACGAUAGCUCAAUAGAUGAAGAAUGUCAAAGUAUUGCCUCGGGUCAUUCAAAUAGUGGAAGUGUUGACAACCUAACUCUGCGUAAACCAUCCUUAACCCCAGUCCCCACGCCAGAUGAUGGCGAUCUUGUUGAAGAGGGUGGUAGUGUAGAUAAAGGCGAUAAUGAUAACGAGUGUCUACCACCCAAGAGGAAAGUAAAGAAAGAGACUGUUGUGAAAGUGGCAUCAAAAAAUAAGAAACAACCCAAAACACAGACGGUAGCCAUGUGGCAAAUGGUUCAGAGUAUUGAACGGUGUUCAACACAGCAAGAAAAAAAAAACAGCGACGAAAGGCUGGAUGCCUUGCUUGAAGCCGAAAGGAAAAGGGAUGAGAUAUUUUUAAAUUUUCAAAGAGAGCAAGCAGAAGCCAAUAGAAGGCAUGAACUGCAAAUUGCACAACUACUCAUGUCUGCAGCAGGCCAAAGCCCCCCAUCAUUUGCCUCAACAAGUGCGUUUGGAACCUAUCCACCUGUACCUGGGCAACGACCACAAGCAUGGUAUGAUGAAGCAAACGGUGCUGAACAACCGUCGGCGAAUAAUAUGCCUUUUUAUCACCUAAUGUGAUCUGGACAUCGU